GCCGGUGGCGGGCGGUGCGCACUCCGCGUCCGGACGCGGCAGCACGGGGCGCGGACACUGCGACUGGCCUUCGGACCGUGCCGCCAGCCGACGGCGUCACAUAGUAGCCGUGACAGGCGUCGCCCAACAAGCUGACAGACAUGAUGCGACUGCUGCUUCUGCUGGUUGUGCUGACUGAGCUGGGACAAGGCUCGGUCGCGCAGCGGAUCAGCACCGAGCGCGUGGACCUGUACCAGGGCGACCGGCACCUGGUGCACCUGGACAACACCACCUUCUUCGGCGCGCUGCUGGACAAGCCCCACGCCUGGGCUGUGGAGUUCUACAAGGACUGGUGCGGACACUGUCAGAAAUUCGCGCCGAUCUGGUCGGAGGUGGCGCGCCAGACCAAGGACUGGGGUGCCGUGGUGAAGGUGGCCGCCAUCAACUGCGCGCGGCGCCGCAACAAUGCCAUCUGUCGGCGCUACGGCAUUCACGGCGUGCCGGCGGUGCGGCUGUUCGGACCCGGCGCCAGCCGCGGGGACCCGGGCACCUCCACCAUCCAUCACCACCCCGGCCAGAUGGUGGACGCCAUCGUCGAGUUUGUCACAACCGUGCACGGCCGUCGGCGGCCGGCCGGGUGGCCCGACCUGUCGCCCUUCACCGGCUCGCUCCAGCAGCUGCUGCGGGGGCCUGAGCCAGUGCAGGCGCUGGUGCUGGAGUCGGAGUCGCCGACAGCCGAGCGGCCGGCGCUGGUCGUGUUCCGCGCUGGCCGGCAGCAGACGGUGACGGCCGGCCGCGGCGAGGAGCCGCGCCAGGUGUUCGGCAGAGCGCUGCGGCAGCUGGUCGGCGCGGGAGGUCAGCAGGGCGCCGUCCCCACCGCCGCGCCGGCCACGCCGCCGCCGCCGCAGGUGACGCCGGCGCCCACGCGCGCGCCCACCGGCUCCGUCUUCAUGGUGGACAUGGAGAACGCUAUCGUCGGCGCGCUCAAACAGGAGGUCACCAGCCACCAGAACAUCACCGGCGAGAGGAUGACGGCACUGCGCGGCUUCCUGCGCAUGUUGGUCAACUACUUCCCAGGCCGACAGCAGAUGCUGCAGUCGCUCAGCCAGCUGCUGCAGUUCGUCGAUAAUCGCGAGAAAGUGACCGGCGGGGAGCUGGAGCGCUUCAUGCGCUCGAAGACGCCGUCGUGGGCGGGCCUGCCGGAGCUGCAGCCGUACCAGGCGUGCCGCGGCUCGAAGCCGAGCUACCGGGGCUACAGCUGCGGCCUCUGGACGCUGUUCCACACCGUCACCGUGCAGGCUCGGCGGACGGAGAAGCGCCUGGGCCGGGCGGUCACCGUUCUGCCGGCUAUCCACGGCUACGUCAAAAACUUCUUCAGCUGCAGCCACUGCUCGCAGCAUUUCCAGCGGAUGGCAGCCCAGGACGGCUUGUUCGACGUCACCAACGCGUACGACGCUGUGUUCUGGCUGUGGCGGGCUCACAACAAGGUCAACAAACGGCUCGCAAACGACAUUACUGAGGACCCACUACACCCCAAGAUCCAGUUCCCCGACCAGAACCUGUGCCCAUCCUGCAUCGUAAACGGUCGCCACGACCCACAGGCCGUGCUUCAGUUUUUGGACGCCUUUUACGGCGCCGAAGCAAUCCGACCCGAUGGAUUGGCCUCGUGGCCCGUACCUGCCGUGGGCCAGUCCAUCCCGCAGCAGUCGCCGGCCCCCUCGGCCUGUCGCCGCGCCGGCCUCUACCGCUACUACAGCAGCAGGCGGCGCGUCGACGGCAGCUCCGACCCGUCCGACCCGCCGGCGCCGGAGCAGCAGCAGCGGCAGCAGCAGGCGCAGCAGUGGCACCAGGCCUGGCAUCACGGCCACCAGAUGGGGUCGGCCAGACGGGGCAGCAGCAGGCCCCUCGUCCGGGUCAACUGGCGCGAGGCGGCACUGCAGCGUCGGAAGGUGGCCGACUGGCAGCUGAUCGUCUGUGUCGUCACCACCGGCCUGGUGAUCAUGGUGUCGGGCCUCACCAUGUUCCUCGGCGCAUGGUUCAUACUCGGCAAGGAGGACCCGUUCAUACUGAUCGGGCCCGUGGUCUGCGGCUGCGGCCUCAUGGUCCUGCUCAUGAGCGUCGAGACCUGCGUACGCCGUCACAAAGUCGUCCAGCUGGCAGACGAGCUCAGCUCCGGAUAG